GCGUCGGACUGCGAUGGCGACGGGAGCAACAGAAUCCGUCGUCAAGCCGGAGACCAGCAGCCUUCUUCAGACGCCGUCGGCGAGGGAACGCCCGCUACUAUCGAGGUCUACAGCGGCCUGUACGUGAACGAAGCCAAUGACCUCGCCAAAGCUGGACAAGAGGAUGACUCGGUGUACAGCGAGAAGACUUCCGACAGCAUUUGCAUAUCUCAAAGAAGCUUCGCUAUUGGCAUCUGCAUAGCUGGUCUCAUCCUCAUGUUGUGCGUGGUGGCAGCAAUAUUGUGUCUUUUGGCGAGAAGAAGAAAGAAAACCACCUCGAAUUCCGGCAGCUCUAUAUACAGCGGCCCAUACACGAAUACUGCUUACAGCAAUACUAGUUAGAUUGUUUCGAAACCUCAAAAUUAUCUGGGACCGGGGAAGAACUUUCCAAAACAAUUAAUAGAAUGUUGAAUUUCCAAUACCUUUUCGAGGAGUCAUUCAUUUUCAGCGAAAGUUUUUCCUGUGAAGUCCCCUUUCGGAGAUCAACUGCCAUUUUUUUUCAGGAAAAACCUUGUAUCACAGCUCAAGUGCCAUAGUUGGCUCAUAUUGCUCAGAUUUAAUACGUAGGUUAAUUUUGUUGGUGUAUCAAAGGUUUCAAUUCUUCUAUUCAUUUAUCAUUUCAUUAGUGAACCAACGUUAGUGAAAUUAGAAUGUAAUUAGAAUAACGAAGAGCGACGAUAUUUUCGAAUGAUCACGGUGAAUUUCACUUCAUCGAACACAAUUUUAUAACUCUUAGAUUGGGAUGGUGAUGGGAUAUUUUAAAACCUCAAACUAUUUUUCUAUCAUGAUAUCCAAAAGGUCAUGAAACGGAAAGACCUUUUGCAUAUUGUAUUUAUUUAAUCUGUCAGUCAAGAUCAUUUCCACAGUUUGUGAAUAAGUUAUAGCAUGUAAGAAGUCAAUUCAAAUUGCUUGAAAACUGGAUAGUUACCGAACGUCGGCAGUUUCUUUAUUUGGCAUAGGCGGCGUGUUUUUUUUUCAAAAUUCAUUUUAUUUUUCAUAAACCUAUACACGGAUUUUUUAAUUAGUAGCUGUUCGGAAUAACUUCUUGUAGACUAGACUCAUUUUAUUUUCCGAAGUUGAGAAACAGUCUAGUGACUGUGGAAAUGACCUUGAAGGAAUUCUAAUCUUUUCCUGAAACUUUCUAUAACUAAUAGUUUCAGAGGAAAUUUAGAAACAACGCUUAGGAUAAUAAUUUGAUACAGGUUGUUCACAGUCGUUAUGCCCUAAUUCCACACAUGUAAUAAUAGGAAGAAUAUGGCUAAAGAUUGUUUUAUGCAAUUUUCAUUUUCAUUUCCACUUUCUCUACUUCUACUAUUGGUUUUCAGUAAAGCAAUUAAUGCAACAAAAUCACAGAGCAUCCAAGUUUUGUGAAGCGAAUCCCUCCAUUAUUUUUUUCAUUCCAACAACAAUAAAAAUGAAUUGGCGCUCCAAGGCGACUUCAUUGAUUCCAGUGGCGCAUUUGCUUUUCAGCUGCAGGAAAACCCGGAAAAACCUGCAGCACCAGGUUCUGAAAAUUACAUAUGUUUUAUUUAUGAUUUGAAAUAAUUGUAUUGUACAAAGUAUUCACAACUGGCAAAAUUCAGCUUGUGUUAGAGAUAUCUCUAAACAUGUUUAGGUUGAUUUAUGUUCAUGAUAAUAUAGUAUGGACUAUGAUGAAUGCGCAUGUGCAAUUUAGGGAAAUGCUGCAUUAAAUAUCAUUGCUCAUUGGAAAUUGCAUUGUUACAUCGUAAAUAAUUCUCAACUAAAAUAAAGGAUAGGAUAAGUAUGUGAAAUGAUAUACGACUUCCAUUUUUUCUGAACUGGGCAUUAAAUAUCAAAAUUGAAUUGAGAUUUUCUGUUUUCAAACUAUGACUGUAGGACUAUGUGAACACCCUGUAUAUUUUCCAUUCUGAAAAACCCUCCAAUGAAUAAAUGACUCAUUGGUUUGUACCAAGAUUCUGAAUCACAGCUUCAUUGUUGUGGUGUACAUAUUUCACAAUGGGGCUCUGGUUCUUAAUCGCUUUUGAAUACAUUUUAUUACUAAGAUGGUUUCAAAUGUUUACUGAAUAAUCGACAAGGUGCUUUAAUAAACGAUAUUUACGAAA